AUGGCAACGUCAGCCAAUGACGGCGGCGGGCCGUCGACAGCACCCAACAUAGUGCUCCCGCCCAUAGAUCCUAACGAAGAGGCUCGAAUCAUCAGGGGCCAUCUGCGAUCCCACUCGACGCCCAGCUCACCGACAAUUCCUCGUGGCACUCGAGUUCUUGGCGCGUUGAAUGAGGAGGGCAGCGAUGCCGACGUUGAGGAGACGGCCGAUGAGGCGGCAGCCGAGGGCGAGGCGGCCAAGGUCAAGAAGAAGCGCCGGAGGAUUAGACGUCCCAAGAUGUUGAGCCCGUCGACCCAGAGCGGUGAACCCGACUCACCCGUUGGGACUCGGCGGCUGAAGAUUCUACAACGGAGAGCAACCAUGCCUGAUACGAGGAAUGUACUGUCCGAAGGCGAAGGUCGCGACCAUCUCGCUCGAGAGAAUGGCUGGGGACGCGGCUCGUCUUGGAUGGGCAGGUCCAACGACGGCGAUGAUCCGGAAAGUCCUUCUGGGGUGGCUCGACGAGGUCCUGGACACGUGCGGCGCAUAUCCAUGUUUCAUGGUGGAAUAUCCGACGGAGGUGAAGCUACGCCAAGGAGACCCUUCUUCGGGGCUGACCGAGCUUCUACAUACGGUGCACAGAAAUGGAGGCAGGUCAAAUCGACUCUCAAGCUCCUGCGGAAACCCAAGGACAACCAGUUUGACUAUUACAAAUCUGCUGAGCUGAUGGCUGAGCUACGGGCUGGUGCCCCUGCCGUGUUGAUGCUUGCUAGCAUGAUACAACGAGAUGAGCAUGGCAACAAGCGAAUCCCAGUCCUACUGGAGCAGCUGAGACUGAGAGUCACCGACAGCGCUCCGCUGGACGGAGAAGGCGAGCGCCAUUGGCUAUUCACCAUUGAGCUCGAGUAUGGAAGUGGGCCUAGCCGGAUGUGUUGGACGGUUAAGCGUACCAUAAGAGAGAUUCUUAAUCUCCACUGGAAGUAUAAACUGGGAAUUGACAACAAGAAGUAUUCGCUGACUCUGCCUGGUACACGGCCUCGGCAGCCAAGGUUCCCGACAUCCGUAUUCCCCUAUGUCAGAGGUCUGCGUGGUGUCGACGAUGAGGAAGAAGACAACGCAGCUAGUGUCCGCGGAGACGGAGACGAAACUGCAGGUUAUGGAACUGGCGGAGAGGGUGCCGCUGCAGAGGGAACUGAUGUCGAGGAGCGCGGCGUCCUCAGCAGAAGGGGUUCCCGGGUGACGCGACCAAACACCAUCGAAAACCGGCACAAACAGUCAACAACCAGCCUUCCCGGUUUGUUCCACCCGAAUCCUGACCAUCAUUAUGCGGGUAGCACAGCGGAUGCUGCACAAAUGCGGAGAAGAUACGUUGAGAAACAACGCAAAAUGCUGGAAAAGUACUUGCAGGAGACGGUCCGCUGGCUCAUGUUCCGAGCAGAUAGCAACCGCCUCUGUCGCUUCCUGGAACUGUCAGCUCUUGGAGUUAGGCUUGCUGCCGAAGGCAGCUAUCAUGGAAAAGAGUGCUUUCUUCACAUCCAGUCCGCCAAGGGUAUCGAUUUCCGGCGAGUUCUCACCCCGGGAGCUAUCCUAGAUCGGCACAGCAGAAAAUGGUUCCUUGUCCGACAAAGUUACAUUGUUUGUGUUGAGUCGCCUGAGAACAUGAACAUCUACGACGUUUACCUGGUUGACUCCAAGUUCCGGAUCAACGCCAAGAUGAACAAGCUUAGAGAGAUCGCCGCCAAGCGGACAAAGAAGGACAAGGGCAAGGAGCAAGACAUGGAUCUGUCCGGCGACCAGGCUCCCGAGAAGCAUCACCGAGUCACCAUAAUGACAUCAGAAAGGAAAGUCAAGUUGUGGUCUAGAAACCAACACCUGAUCCAGCAGUUCGAAGAAUCAAUCAACGGAAUGCUAGCGCAGACGCCUUGGCACCGAGAGAACCGGUUUGGCAGUUUUGCCCCUGUUCGACAAGGCGUAUUCGCGCAAUGGUUGGUCGAUGGAAGAGACUACAUGUGGAAUGUUUCACGCGCAAUCAACAUGGCCAAGGAUGUUAUUUACAUUCACGACUGGUGGUUGAGCCCUGAAAUCUACAUGCGUCGUCCUCCUUGCAUCAGCCAAAAGUGGCGUCUGGAUAGGUUACUUCAGCGAAAAGCAGAGGAAGGUGUCAAGAUCUUCAUCAUAAUUUACAGGAACGUCCAGCAGGCUAUACCGAUCGACUCCGAGUACACCAAGCACUCCCUGCUGAACCUCCACCCCAACAUAUUCGUCCAGAGGUCUCCCCACCAGUUCAAAAAGAACCAGUUUUUCUUUGCGCAUCACGAAAAGAUUUGUAUCGUGGACCACAUAGUGGCGUUCGUUGGCGGCAUCGAUCUGUGCUUUGGUCGUUGGGAUACGCCUCAACACCCUGUUGCCGACGAUAAGCUUACGGGCUUUGAACCUGGUGACUACCCCAAGGACACGGAUCACACGCAGGUUUUUCCAGGAAAGGAUUAUUCAAAUGCUCGUGUGCUCGACUUCUUCAGACUGAACGCGCCAUAUGAAGAAAUGUAUGACCGCAGCCGCGUCCCUAGGAUGCCUUGGCACGACGUUGCAAUGCAGGUGGUUGGGCAGCCUGCUCGCGAUCUUACCCGCCAUUUUGUACAACGUUGGAACUAUAUCCGCAGAGGCCGCAAGCCUACGCGACCCACCCCGUUCCUACUGCCUCCUCCGGACUGCAGGAAAGAAGAACUUGAAGAUCUUGGACUCACUGGUACCUGCGAGGUCCAGAUACUACGGUCUGCCGCAACUUGGUCCCUGGGUAUUACCGAAACCGAGGCCAGCAUUCAGGCCGCGUACCUUAGGCUGAUCCGUGAGUCAGAGCACUUUGUGUAUAUGGAGAAUCAAUUCUUUGUGACCGGCGGAGAGUGCAUGAACGUUCAAUUUGUCAACGGUGUUGCAGAUGCCAUUGUCGAGCGUAUCAUCAAGGCUCAUGCAAACGAUGAGGAGUGGCGCUGCGUCAUCCUCAUCCCAUUACUCCCAGGUUUCGAGGGAAGUGUCGCCGAGCAGGAUGGCAGCAGUGUUCGAUUGAUCAUGCAAUGUCAGUUCCGCAGUAUAUGUCGUGGUGACAGUUCAAUCUUCGGGCGGUUGCGAGCCGCCAACAUCGAACCCGAGGACUACAUCCAGUUUUUCAGCCUUCGACAAUGGGGACAUAUUGGUCCGAACAAGACAUUGGUCACUGAGCAACUGUACAUCCAUGCCAAGAUCAUUAUCGUCGACGACAGGAUUGCUCUCAUUGGAUCCGCCAACAUCAAUGAGCGAUCACUGUUGGGCAAUAGAGACUCUGAAUGCGCAGCUGUUGUCAGAGACAAGGAUAUGAUCUGGUCGACAAUGGCUGGUCGCCCUUACCAGGUUGGCCGGUUUGCUCACACUUUGAGAUUGCGCCUGAUGCGAGAGCAUCUUGGUCUAGAUGUCGACGAGAUCCAGGAGCAGGAGAGGCAAAUGGACCCUGACCAUGAAGAUCCCGAAGUUCGAUUUAGUCGAGACAUGGAUAGCAUCUACGGUUCCGAGUCGGAAGCAGGCCCAUCUGUAGAGAGGCCACGACAAGCUCGCUCUAAUCACAAUCGGCUCCCCAGCUUCAACCAUGAUGUGGAUUGGGAUAUGCUCAACGACGAGGAUAAUCUCGACAGAAGCUCCUCCAAGCAGAACUCGGUGAACACAGAACAAUCCGCUGCCCAGAAACGUGAGGCGAAUAGACAUGACCUAGAUCGUUGGAAGUCCGCCGAGUCACAAGGGCUGGAUCUGGGUCGCGAUAGCGCGAUUGUGAAUGGCAAAGAGGUGCUCACGCAUAACAUAUUCCCAGAGGGCAAAGGGACAAUGGAGUCUCCCAAGGUUCCGGAAGCUGCGGCCAGUAGUGUCGGGACAGAGCAGUUCCCUGCUUUCGAGGAGACUGUUAGCAACGAUGGCCUCCCGCCAGCUCCAUCUAUUAUAAGACGAACUACUGAGCAAAUGGGGCUUCCUCGUCCUAGCCAACUACCUUCACUACCUGUACUUGAUGAUACUGACAUUGGAGGACCGCCCGCAUCUUUUGAUGCGGAUGGGAAACUUCGAGAAGGGCCGGCGAGCCAAUGGGCUUAUGACAUAAGACCGGCCCAUAUCGACAAAGACUGCAUGCGUGAUCCGCUCAACCCCUCGUUUUAUGAUGAUAUCUGGUCCAGAGUAGCAGAAAACAACACCAAGAUAUACAGGCGGGUGUUCCACUGUAUGCCCGACUCUGAGGUGACGAACUGGCACGAGUACCAAGAGUUCCUAAAUUUGCAGGCGCAGUUUGAGGCAAACAUGGAAGCUUGGGGACCCGACAUAGAGGCAGAAAUGGAGCAUCAAGCCAACCCACACAAACCCCAUGCUUCAGGUGGAGCAGGCAUUGGUGCUCCUGCGCCAACGGCCAUAGCUUCUGGCUUGGCGGAGAAGGUGACGGGUCAUUUGCCGAUUGGCAAGGACUCCAGGCCCGAGGAGGCUGCGCCGAACGAGAAGACUGAAAUGGACCCCGAGACUGAGAAAAGGCCUCUCUUCACGCCCAACCACUCCCGACAAAACUCUCGUUUAGAUCGAGAAAUGGCCGCGGCAGCUGAGAGAGCCCUGCACACACCCAAGCUCGAAAUCCCUAUGGCGUUCCCCGAAAAGUCUAAGACGUCCCGGGAUCGACGACCGACGUUUGCGACUGCCGAGAAACCCGGAACAGGAUCGAGCAACAAUGCUGGCCACAACGGCGGGGGAACGCUCCCGCGACGCAAGCGUGGGAAUACCCGGGCCAGCCGGCGUGGAUUCCAGCCGGACCAGGUAAUGAGCAAACCCGAGGCGGAGGAGAUGCUAGGAAUGCUCCAGGGGACCCUAGUGCAAUUCCCUUACGAUUGGCUCGUGGUUGAGGAGAGCAAUGGAAACUGGCUCUAUCAGGCCGACUUGGUUGCUCCGCUGCAGAUCUACAACUGA